AGCACGUGAGACCCCGGCCCAGUCCCCUAUUGACGGGCUGUUGCCAACCCGCAUGAACUUAGUCGUGAUGCUUGUCGUCGAUUGUUCCGACAGUGCGAUCUUACUUUUAAUUACACUUCAGCUUACACAGUAGGACCGAGCCGGAAGAGCCACCGCAUAUACAAUCACUCGCUAUGUUUUGACCAUAUAAAUACAACACGUCUGGUGGUCGGUAAGAGAAGUAUUACCACACACUCCUUACCUUUCUUAUCUCCCUGCAAACCUACUCCAGUCAUGCGUUCCUUUGCUUCUAUUGCCGCCGCCGCGGUGGUCGCCCUUCCUUUGGCCAUCGCAGCGCCCAACAAGGCCAACAAGAUGGAUGCCAGCUACUAUAAGCCGGAGCAGGUUAUCGAUACCGAUGUCGUGAUUAUUGGUGGGGGUGGUAUGGGUGCCUACUCUGCUAUCCAACUCAAGGACGCAGGAAAGAGGGUUGUGGUCGUUGAGAGCAAAUCCCGUAUGGGAGGUCACACAGAGACUUACAUGGAUAACGAGACUGGAAUUCCCAUUGAUAUGGGUGUGAAGCUAUACCACGACGAACCUUUGGUGCACCAAUGGUUCGCACGCUUCAACCUUUCCACUACCCGGUUCAGCAUCCCUGCUCUCCCGACGCAGAAUGUUGACUUCAGGACUGGGCAGGUUUUGCAGGGUCUGCCUGCUCCUAACCAGACAGCCAUGGCUAUUGCUCUGCAGAAGUACGGUGCGGUUCUCGCCAAAUAUCCUCAACUCGAGGGUGGUUUCUAUUUGCCAGAUCCCGUUCCCGAGGAUCUGUACAUGCCCUUCGGCCAGUUCGUCCAAAAGUACGACAUCGCUGAUGCGGUACAAACCAUCUUCGGUCUCACUUCCGCCUUUGGUGACAUCCUCGAGCUCCCCGCUCUGCAGCAGAUGCGCACCUUUUCCCUUGGUCUCUUGAAGACUAUGCAGAACUUUCAGACCAGCUCGGUAAUGGACAACAGCCUUCUUUUCGAGAAACUUACAGCCGAACUCCAGGCUACCAACUCUGUUCUUCUAUCCUCUAAAGUCACCAAGACGCAGCGUGUGAGCAAGGCUGAUGGCGGCGUCAAGGUCCUUGUCGAAACACCGAUGGGCUGCCGUCUCAUUCAAGCGAAGAAGAUCCUUAUGGCUAUCCCCCCUACUCCCGAGAACCUCGCCAAAUUCGACCCUAGCGGCGAUGAGUUGAAGAUUUUUAACCAAUUUACAUCUGUCGGAUACUACACCUCUAUCAUCAGAAACGCUGGCCCUACGAACAUCACACUCCAGAAUCUCGCUCUUGACAAGCCAUACGCGCUGCCACCCAUGCCUGCUAUCUACAAUGUCAACCCCACCGCCAACCCAACUCUAAGUCUCGUCUACUACGGCACCAAGGUUGGUCAGCAUCUGAGCGACGAGGAGGCUAAGGCUGCGAUCAUCGCGGACCUUAAGCGCUUCCAGGCUGCCAACAAUAUGACUGAGACUGAGCCGGAGUUUGUCGCAUUCAGCAACCACAGCCCAUACAACAUGUUGGUCGGUGAGGAGGCUACCCGCGCCGGAUUCUACAAGCACCUGUACGGACUGCAAAGCAAGCGCAACACUUUCUGGACAGGUGCCGCGUGGAGGGCGCAUGACAGCUCUUCCAGCUGGGCUUACACCAGCCAGAGCGUGCUACCUCAGCUUUUGGCAAGCUUGUAGAUGGAGCAAGUAUAUAGUGGCGGAUCACUAUGCUGAUGGACAACAACCGGGCUGUUUCCUACUGCUUUGGUCGAUUCAGAUAUCUCCAUUUAUACGCUAAUAUAAUGUCUUCAAUAUUUGUAUUAUUAAACUAUCCUUGAUUAGCACAUUGCAGUCUUGUUCAAGCUUGAUGUGACUUCAUACAGCAAUUUCGAGCGCGUGCUAUAGGAUACAACAAUCUAUCUAUGAUACUUGACUGGUACAUGGGUCCCUGACUGUUA